AUGGGCAAGAAGAGAGCGACGACGACGGGUGCGACUGUACCGUUCUCGUUUCUGAAACAAUCGCUUGUAGCGCUAGACGUAGGGGCUGCGAAUGAGAAGGAAGCGGAGGUUAAGAAUAUGGACGCUAUCACUGCGUCACUCCAGGCGGAGUUCGAUACACUUGACUCCUCACUCAUCCUUGCACUCAUAUCGGACUACCCACCAUCAACCAUCGAAGCGGAACUCCCGGCUAUACGGGAUCAACUGGCUAUCCUCCAAGCAUGCUCAGUACCGGACGAGAACGAAGUCAACGUAGAUUUCGGAGCGGCCGCCGACGUAGACCCCUCCACAUCGACCAGCACAAGCGAUCUUACGGACCUGAUGGACCGGCAGUCCAUCUCGGUGAGGGACUUUGCGGAUGGGCCGAGCCCGCCUCCGCCCAGUAGCUGGAAAGAGGUCAGCCGGAGGGAGGUCAGUAAGAAGAAGGGAAAGGGGAAGGGGAGUAGUAGGGCGUCAGGUGCAUCAGGGGCGUCCGGGACGGGGAGUACAUCAACAAAGGUCAGUAUGAUUUCGGGCCUGGGCUCGGGCUCGGGCUCAGCGUCGGCGAAGAGGUCUGAGGGCGGGAUGCUGCCUAGCCCAGUUGCGAGUGGGAGUGGGAGUGGAAGUGGGAGCGGGCGGAGUCAGAGUGCGGGAGGGAGCACAUCUCCGACGAGCGUACCGGAGGAAACGGAGGAGGUGGGGUUGGAGGACGAGAUGGGGCUGUUGAGGUCGUUAUUCCCGAACCUUCCCAAGGCGGAUGUUCGAGACGCUCUUCACACAGCCGUCAGCUUCCAAGCUGCUAUCGACCAGCUACUUUCCGUCGAGCUCAUCGAGAAUGUCAAGCUCAGCGGCGCCUGGCCAGGCGAGGAGGACCAGGCUCUCGCGGAGGAGGAGGCCUUUAUCGACACUCCGCUCAAACGGACUACAUCCCGGGCGUCAUUCGAGACGUCCAUACCUAUGAGCCGCGAUAGCUCCGGCUCCUCCAUCACAUCCUUAUCCGGAAAGAAGGCCAAGCCAAAGCACUACGCACUGAUCGACACCCUCCAGCGAAUCCCUACUCCCUCCUCCCACUCUUCAUCGCGCGCCUCGACCCCUGCACCUCUCACGCGGACAUACGGUCUCUCCGGCCCCGCACCGAACGCAUGGCACACCCUCGCAUCCCUCGCAUCGCAGCUCGCCAAGCUCCUCCACCCGCAUCCGGAAAGCUACUUCACCUCGUUCCUCCACUCCCCCGAGUACCCAUCUCAGCACACUGCGGUACACGCUGCCCUCGCCCGCCUGCCUGCAGUCCCCCUCCCGGCAGACUCAGCAUGCGAGUCCAUCUUGCAGGACCUGUACGGCGUGAGUCUCACAGAAGGGGAUGCGGAGCGCAAGCAGCACGACCUGAAAGCGGCGAUGCGGGUGUGCGGGGAAGAUAUCGGGGCGGUCAUGGAUCUCGUGGAGCUCCUGGAGGAGGUCAGUCACUGGGCGGCCACGGAGGACGUGCAAGAUCGGUAUGGAGGCAGUGAGGACGAGUAUGAGAUACCGUCCGGCACGUUCGAGACGCUUCCUAAUCCCUCGGCGCCAUCUGCACUGCGCGUCGGGUUCGGCUCCAAAGCCCCGGAAUUACCAGAACGGUUCACUCGGAAAGCCAAAAAGAAGCCGGUCGAGCUGCUCGGUCCGAAGGUCAUCCCCGGAGCGCAACCCGCUGCGUCCUCUGCGGCUUUUCCUACGGCCUACGACGACUUUGGUGCACCAUCUCCUCGGUCCGCACCCAGCACCAGGCCUUCCAACAAGGGCCAAAGACAUGUCAAGAACUGGCACACCGUCGCGCAUGAUCGUCCGGCGCCGCGCGAGUCCAACCGCGCCUCGGGACCGUCGUAUGCCUAUUCGACAUCAGCGGCGGAACUGUCAGUACAGCAAUGCCUGGCCAACGCAGAGCUGGAACGGCACAAACGUACCACCGCGAUCCGGGCUGCCGGACUGCACUUUGGCGGCGGACACCUUCCGGGAGGCAAAGCUGUCAAUCGGACGGUCGCCAGUCACUACGCGACCCAAGCGCGCGAUGCGGGCAAUAUGGAGCGCGAGUGGCACCUGAAAGCAGCGCGCAUGGUCAUCAAUAACCAAUUGACGAAUAGCGGGCACGUGGUGGAUCUGCACAGCCUGACGACGGCCGAGGCGGUCACAGUGGCCAAGGAGGCGGUGGCGACGUGGUAUGAAAAGCAAAAGAGGGCGUGGGGAACCGGAUUGGGCAGAGAGGGGGUGUUUGUGCCUGGAAAGCCGAUGGAGAUUAUCACGGGUGUAGGGAACCAUUCGGUCGGUGGACGAGGGGUGUUGGGGCCGGCGGUGGCCAAGGCGUUGGAGAAGGAUGGGUGGAGGGUUGAGAGGGGCGGGGAUUCGAGUGGGUAUCUGAGGGUGAAGGGCAGGAAUUGA